UUCAUUUUUUCAUUUCCUAAACUAGUUGGAAGACAUGCUUAGGCAAUGUAAUUAGGAGCCAUCAAACAUCAUCAUAGUUAUGGUAGGUAUUUGCUCAACCUUUCAAAUUCCAAGCAUGAUUAUGAGUUGGAGUGUUAUUGUUUGCCCUUUAAGUGGUUUGUCAGAUAAAAUUAUCAAGCAUCUCCUUUUGACAUGGAAUGUUUAAUUUCUGAGUUGAAACUUUAGUGUUUUUCCAUCAAUCUUUAGGAUCUUCCAUUUGUCACAUGCCUACAAUAUUACAGCUACAAAGUUUACUUGCUGGGAAUAUCAUCGGACCAAUUUUCAUGCAUCGAGACUACUUGAAUACAUCUGUUACUAUACCUAUAUACAGUUAUUUUGUUUUAUAGUAUAUAAGGUUACUAUGUUUGCGGGGACUGGUGUGGUUGGUGAGGUAAUUGCUGAGGCAGAGCCACGCAUUUACUGCUUAAAGGGGUUUUGGAUUCUGCCAAAUCAGAUAUUUCAGUCUCUUAUGAGGUAUAUCUGUCAGCAUUUUAGCACAACAAGUACAAAAUCCCAUGCCUAAACUUGUAAACCAGUGAGAGUUCUUGCCUUGCUGAUUAAGCAUUCAAUCAACUUCAACCACCGAAUUAACUUUUAAUGGACCUGAUAAAGAUAUAAACUAGAGAAAGUUUUGCAUGAUUUAGGGUGUCAAAGAAACUGCUUCUGUUUCCUGUAAAGAUUCUUCUUCUAGCACCAUCCUCUUUUCUCUAGGAGCCUGACAGCACCGUCCUCUUCUUCUGUUGUUAAAGGGCUUGUCUUGUAGGGUUCUAUACAGAAAAAUGUUGAAUAUGAUGGGGCCCUUGUUGGAUUAAAAAGGUUAGGUGAGGUAAGGCCUACAUGCCAAUUACAUUUUAAAAGUGUUCAACUCUCUGUGUUUAACACUUUUGCAUGCUAAAGCUGUACAGUUAUGUGGAUUGACAUGUCUUUCAUGAAUUGUAAUCCUUUCUUCUUCCACCAUCUCAGUUUCUUUUGCUCUUCUUCCUCAUGUUUUUGAUAUUUUGGCCAUAACUGUGAAGCCACUGCAUGGUGAUGAAUCUUUUUCUCAAAAUUAAAUGUUUCUUUAUGAGCUGAUGAAGUUGUUAGAUUACUGCCCUUGUGCCCUGUCAAUCAUUGUUUGAUUUUCCCAAUUUUAAUUCCAGGCAGCAGCAAGUGAAGAUGGGAAUUAUUCAGCAGAAAAAUAAUUAACAUUAUUGAAAGAGAAAAGAUAUAGAAAGAGAUUUUCUUUUUUAGCCAAGUUUCUGGCCUUCUUCUGUGUAUUAUGCCCUUCCUUUUAAUACAUUUCAUUUAGAAUCUGUUCUGAACAAAAAAUAAAUUAGAAUUCAUGAAUCACCAUUGCUGCUGGAACUAAUUGAAGUAUACAAUGAAUACAUAGAUUGCAUUGGUUAAUAUUGUUUGAUAUACAAAAUUCAUGUACAAAUUACUAUGGUUAAUCACAGUGUAGUUUUCUGUUUACUAAAUUGUAUAUAAACACAUCCUGGAUUUCUUUCAGGUAAGAUCUCAUAAGGGCAUGCUCCAUUGUUCUGAAGUUAAAAUCUCUCACUGUCUUUUGAUUAAAGGAAAAGAAAAUUGCGAAAAUGAAGUUUAUGAAACUUGGGACGCGGCUCGAUACCUUCUACACAGAAGAGGCUACCAGGUCUGUGGUAUCAGAUAUACCUAAUGACCUUGUUAUACAAAUCAGCAACAUCAAUUAUCUUCUUCAUCAGUUUUCACUAUUACCGAAGUGUGGCCUCUUACAAAGGCUGUGUGCAGAUUCUGAUGAUUCAAGUACUGUUACCAUACAGCUGCAUGAUAUUCCUGGAGGGGAAGAUGCUUUUGAGCUGUGUGCUAAAUAUUGCUAUGGAAUAACAAUCAAUCUCAGUGCUCAUAACUUUGUAUCUGCAUUUUGUGCUGCAAAGUUCCUUCGAAUGACAGAAGCUGUUGAGAAGGGAAAUUUUGUCCUUAAACUUGAGGCCUUCUUUAAUUCCUGCGUUCUAGUAGGUUGGAAGGACUCCAUUAUCACAUUACAGACAACAGUCAAGCUAACUGAGUGGUCAGAGAACCUGGGAAUCAUCAGAAGAUGCAUUGAUUCAAUUGUUGGAAAAAUCCUCACACCCCCUGCAAAGGUCACAUGGUCCUACACUUACACUAGAAUAGGGUUCAACAAGCAGCAGCAAUUGGUUCCGAAGGAUUGGUGGACAGAGGACAUAUCUGAUCUUGACAUAGACCUUUUCCGGUGCAUAAUUAUAGCUAUCAAAUCAACACAUAUGCUCCCACCGCAGCUCAUUGGUGAAGCUUUGCAUGUUUAUGCCUGUCGUUGGCUACCAGACACUACAAAGAUCACACGUCCAGAGAGCUCAGUGUCUCAGACUGAUGAGGUUACAGAUAAGCAUCGGAAAAUUCUUGAAAUCAUCGUGAAUAAGAUCCCAUCAGAUAAAGGGUCCGUUUCAGUUGGUUUCUUGUUAAGACUACUUAGCAUUGCUAACUACCUAGGCGCAUCUACAGUUACAAAGACAGAACUUAUAAGGAGAUCAAGCCUGCAAUUAGAGGAGGCAACAGUUAGUGACCUGUUAUUUCCUUCACAUUCAUCCUCUAAUCAAUAUUAUUAUGAUAUUGACUUGGUUGCGGCAGUGCUAGAAAGCUUCCUGCUGCUACGGAGAAGAACAUCACCAGCACCUACAGAAAACACCCAGUUUAUGAGAUCAAUUAGAAAGAUUGGAAAGCUUGUUGACUCUUACCUUCAAGCAGUUGCCACAGAUAUCAACUUGCCGGUAUCAAAAGUUUUAUCUGUUGCAGAAGCUUUACCAGAUAUUGCCAGGAAAGAUCAUGAUGACCUUUACAGGGCAAUAAACAUUUAUCUCAAGAAGCAUCCUGAUCUAAGCAAGGCAGACAAGAAGCGUCUCUGCAGGAACCUAGACUGCCAAAAACUGUCACCAGAAGUACGCACUCACGCUGUAAAGAAUGAGCGGCUACCAUUAAGAACAGUUGUGCAAGUCCUAUUCUUUGAACAAGAGAAAGGCUCAAGGGAAAAUGAUCAUAGAAUGCCAACACAGGAGCUUCUGCUCUCCAGAGGGAAACAGAUACCGAUAGUAAGGGACGAGCUAAGUAAGCUACAAUUAGGCUCGUAUGAACAGACCAUCCGAUCAGAUGGAAUACCGAGAACUCCAGCACCGUCCGAAAGCAGUACAAGAGAUGAUCAAAAACUGAAGAGACCUGACAAAAAGACACCGAUGGAAGCAGGAAAAAAAGGUGGUGAGAGAACAAAUAGAGGAGAAGGAAUCUAGAGGAGGAGGAAGCUCUGGAAGCAAGAUGAAUGCCAAGAAGAUUAACAACAAAAGUGUAUCAGGCCAUAGCCGUGGUAAAAGCAGAGACAGGUUGUAGAUAAAUUUAGACCAUCACAUUUCCAUUUUCGCUUUUCUUUCUGUAGAAGAAGGGUUUAAUUUAGUUCACAUCAUUUCAAUUACUA